AUGGGUAUAAACAGCCCCCUCCCGUCGUCUAUGGCGUCGGAAUGCAAAAAGUGCGGCAAGAUCUUGACAUCCUUUAUCAACCCUCGCCAGUCUUUCGGCCCCGACAAGGUCAUUCCUCCCUCCAUCCUCGAAAACGCAAAGGGCCUCGCCAUCAUCACUGUCCUGAAGGCCGGCUUCCUCGGCUCAGGCCGUUUCGGCAGUGGUCUUGUCGUCGCCCGACUUCCCGAUGGUGGUUGGAGCGCCCCGAGUGCUAUUGCGACCGCCGGUGCCGGCUUCGGUGGUCAGGUUGGAUUUGAAUUGACCGAUUUUGUCUUCAUUCUGAAUGAUGCGAGCGCCGUGAGGUCGUUCGCUCAGGCGGGCUCUCUGACACUGGGUGGCAAUGUUUCCCUGGCAGCUGGUCCUGUUGGUCGCAAUGCCGAGGCAGCCGGUACUGCUUCUCUCAAAGGUGUUGCUGGCAUCUUUGCUUAUUCCAAGACCAAAGGUCUUUUUGCUGGUGUCUCUCUCGAGGGGUCUGCCAUCAUUGAGCGUCGCGAUGCCAAUGAAAAGAUGUACGGCCAGCGCUUCACAGCACAGCAACUUCUCACCGGCUCUGUGCGACCACCUCCGCAAGCCGCCCCUCUUAUGAACAUUCUCAACUCGCGCGCUUUCAGCGGCAUGAGAGGAGGCGGUGGCGACGAUGCCAUGUACAACGACACCCCUGUAUACGACGAACGACACGACGAUGUUGUUUGGAACGGCCGCCGAGGAUCUGCGAUGGGCGAGGGUGUGCAGCGCGAUCACACAGGCGCACAAGACGAUAGCUUCGGAAGACCAAACCGAUCAAGUACAUGGCAGGACGAUGUAUACGACAGACAAGGCGGUUUUGGCGGACCUACACGUUCCAACACAUUUGCUUCUGGUGGCCCAGCGAAUAACGACUAUGUCUACCGAGACAGCCCUUCAGGCGGCUACGGUUCAGGAGGCCUGGGCGCAGAGAAAAAGACUGGUCCUGGAAGGCCUGCGGCUCCCAAGCCCAACUUUGGUGCGAAACAAGCGCUUCUCAGAAAGAAUGAGGCAGUCGCUGUGUUCAACUUUGACGCCGAUCAAGCUGGUGAUCUAGGCUUCAAAAAGGGCGAGGUCAUCACUGUCCUGAAGAAAACCGAAAGUGAUAAUGAUUGGUGGACCGGUCAGAUUGGCACGAGAACAGGUAUCUUCCCCAGCAACUACGUCAAGAUGAAGGAGUAA